UUGAAAAUGAAGAUUGUCGUGCAAAUUUGUGUGCUCUUCGCACUUUGCGCUGUCGCCUUUUCUUGGAGCUCGACUUGGGGUGUACGCAAUGCCACUGAUGUACUCUUAUUCAGUAAGAAUGUAUUUCAACCAGCUAUAGCCAACAAAGUACAAAUCGUUUAUUUUGACAUACCCGAAACGUUGGAAAGCAAUAACAGCGUAAUCACUGCAAUAUAUUUGCAAGACCAGUUCAAAAAUAGUUCGGGUCCGUCGAACAACUUAUAUUACGGUGGACCUGGUUGGACUUAUGCCUCUAUACAGAUGAGAACAUAUACUAGUAUUGGUCUAAAUGUUACUUUUGUGGUUUAUGGAAAACAAAGAAGUUAUUUAUAAAUAAAAAUACCACAUUGCACAAA